AUGGGUCAUUAUUACAUCCAUGAUAUUAAAGGAAACCUCGUCAUGGCCAACGAAGCUGAGUCCGAUUUGCCUUUUUAUGCCGAAGGAAAAGUUGUCAAGGGAUUUGGAAGAGGAAGUAAACAUCUAGGAUUCCCAACAGCCAAUUUUGAUGAAGAUGUUGUAGCAAAGAUGCCCUCAACCAUGAACAAUGGUGUCUAUUUUGGUUGGGCCAAUGUAGACAAGGGUCCUGUGUAUAAAAUGGUGCUCAGCAUUGGAUGGAAUCCUUAUUACAAAAAUGAGAAGAAAUCUAUGGAAACACACAUUCUGCAUAAAUUCAAAGAAGAUUUUUAUGGCUCCCAACUGAAGGUCAUUAUUUUCGGCUAUCUCAGGCCAAUGGCAGACUACAACAGUGUUGAUGAAUUGAUAAAGGCUAUCGAAGGAGAUUUAAGCAAAGCUUCUACCUUGUUAGAGAAACCAUCUGCUCUGGCUUUUAAAGACGACAACUUCUUUAAUGCUGACAAAGAGAGUUGA